AUGCCGGCGGCCAACAUGCUGGAGAACCCGCAGCCGCCCGCCCUGCAGGUGCCCGCGCCCCAGGGCGCGCCCGAGGGCGGCCCGCUCUGGUCCAGCUCGUCGACCCCCACGCUCCGCCGCCGGCGCUUCAAGAUGCGCCGCACCAAGAACGUGCAGGAGCAGAGCCUGGAGGCCGGGCUGGCGCGGGAGCUGCCCGGCGUCCUGGCCCCGGGCAAGGAGUUCCUGCAGCUGCCGUCCAUCGAGAUCACGCCCUCCAGCGACGAGGACACCCCGUGGUCCAACUGCUCCACACCCAGCGCGUCUCCGCGCCGAAAGCGCUUCCUCCUCCGCAAGUGGCUCAGGGUGAGGGAGCGGAAGGAGUGCAGUGAGAGCAGCAGCCAACAGAGUAGCCAGCAGAGCAGCCAUGACGAUGAUUCAAGCAGGUUCCUGAGUCCUCGAGCCCGGGAAGAAAGCACUGCCAGUAACUCCAACCGCAGCACGCCGGCCUGCUCCCCGAUCCUCCGGAAACGGUCUCGCUCGCCAACCCCGCAGAGCCCCGACGGAGACACCAUGGUGGAGAAGGGCUCAGAUCACUCCUCGGACAAGUCCCCGUCCACGCCGGAGCAGGGUGUGCAGCGCAGCUGCUCCUCGCAGUCCGGCCGGAGCGGCGGCAAGAACUCCAAGAAAAGCCAGAGUUGGUAUAACGUGUUAAGCCCAACUUACAAGCAGAGAAAUGAAGACUUCAGAAAGCUGUUUAAGCAACUUCCAGACACGGAGCGCCUCAUUGUGGAUUACUCAUGUGCACUCCAAAGAGACAUUCUUCUUCAGGGCCGACUCUACCUCUCUGAAAAUUGGAUCUGCUUCUACAGCAACAUCUUCCGCUGGGAAACUCUGCUGACUGUACGUUUGAAAGACAUCUGCUCCAUGACUAAAGAAAAAACAGCUCGCCUCAUUCCCAAUGCCAUUCAAGUUUGCACUGACUCAGAAAAGCACUUUUUCACUUCAUUUGGGGCCCGGGAUAGGACGUAUAUGAUGAUGUUCCGACUCUGGCAAAAUGCACUCCUUGAAAAGCCCCUGUGCCCCAAGGAGCUCUGGCACUUUGUCCACCAGUGUUAUGGGAAUGAAUUGGGCCUUACCAGUGACGAUGAGGACUACGUGCCCCCUGAUGACGACUUCAACACGAUGGGCUACUGUGAGGAGAUCCCCGUGGAAGAAAAUGAAGUGAAUGACAGCUCAUCCAAAAGCAGCAUCGAGACCAAGCCAGAUGCCAGUCCGCAGCUACCCAAGAAAUCCAUCACCAACAGCACACUGACCUCCACAGGAAGCAGCGAAGCCCCCGUCUCGUUCGACGGCCUGCCCCUGGAAGAGGAGGUGCUGGAGGGCGAUGGGUCACUGGAGAAGGAGCUUGCCAUUGACAACAUCAUUGGAGAGAAGAUUGAGAUCGUUGCGCCUGUGACCUCCCCUUCGCUGGACUUCAAUGACAAUGAGGACAUUCCCACUGAGCUUAGUGACUCUUCUGACACCCACGAUGAAGGGGAGGUCCAGGCCUUCUAUGAGGACCUGAGUGGCCGGCAGUACGUGAAUGAGGUCUUCAACUUCAGCGUGGACAAGCUCUAUGACCUGCUGUUCACCGACUCGCCCUUCCAGCGGGACUUCAUGGAGCAGCGGCGCUUCUCCGAUAUCAUCUUCCAUCCAUGGAAGAAGGAAGAGAAUGGAAACCAGAGCCGAGUGAUCCUCUACACCAUCACCCUUACCAACCCUCUGGCCCCUAAAACUGCCACCGUCAGGGAGACGCAGACCAUGUACAAGGCGAGCCAAGAGAGUGAAUGUUACGUGAUAGACGCGGAGGUCCUCACGCACGACGUGCCCUACCACGACUACUUCUACACCAUCAACCGCUACACUCUCACCCGCGUGGCUCGGAACAAGAGUCGACUCAGGGUCUCCACGGAGCUGCGCUAUCGAAAACAGCCCUGGGGCUUAGUGAAAACGUUCAUUGAAAAGAACUUCUGGAGUGGGCUGGAGGACUACUUCCGCCACCUCGAGAGUGAGCUGACCAAAACGGAGAGCACCUACCUGGCUGAGAUGCACAGACAGUCCCCCAAAGAGAAGACCAGCAAGGCCCCGACGGUACGGAGGAGGAAGCGUCCCCAUGCCCACCUGCGGGUGCCACACCUGGAAGAGGUGAUGAGCCCCGUCACCACACCCACUGAUGAAGAUGUGGGCCACAGGAUCAAACACGUGGCAGGUUCCACGCAGACACGGCAUAUCCCCGAGGACACCCCUAAUGGUUUCCACCUGCAGAGCGUGUCCAAGCUGCUGCUGAUUAUCAGCUGUGUUCUGGUGCUGCUGGUCAUCCUUAACAUGAUGCUCUUCUACAAACUCUGGAUGUUGGAAUACACCACCCAGACCCUCACUGCCUGGCAGGGUCUGAGGCUCCAAGAAAGGGGUCUGGGAGCACAGGACAGUCCACUGAGCAUAACUCCAGCUGCCGGGGUACCCCUCCUUCUGCCCCACAGGUUACCCCAGUCUCAGACAGAAUGGGCCCAGCUCUUGGAAUCCCAACAAAAGUACCACGAUACAGAGCUCCAGAAAUGGAGGGAGAUAAUCAAAUCCUCGGUGAUGCUUCUUGACCAGAUGAAGGACUCUCUCAUCAACCUUCAGAACGGCAUCAGGUCCCGUGACUACACAUCCGAAAAUGAAGAGAAGAGGAACCGUUAUCACUGACCAGGCAGGAAGAGGGGCAGCUGCAAGAGGCCCGUGCAAUACGUGUACAUAGAUCAUAUAAAUAUAUAUAUAUAAAUAUAUAUAUAUACAGAAUAUAAAUAUAUAUAUAUUAUAUACAGAUUUUAAAAAGAGAUAAUGCCUAUGUACCAGGGAGAAGGAGCGGGACCGCCUCCUGUGCUGGCCGGCGGAGGGGCCGAGGAGGGCAGGGACCACUUCUCAGCACCGACCUCCCCUGAUCCUCCUCCCCCAUCCCCAACCCGCCCCCCCUUGUCCCCCCCACCCUUCCCCUCGCUGGCCGUUCCUGGCUCUGAGAAGGGAAACGUUGUCGAGCCAAAGUUACACCUGUGAAGACCCCGGGGUCUCCCAAGUCUCCAGGGGCUUAAGGUGCUUCGUUCCCAAAACCCCUCUUGAUUUGUUUCCAAAAUAAAAGAGAAUCUUUUCUUCCCUUCCCCACGCUUCCCCAGGUAUUCUCUUGUGAACAGGAAGCAUCAAAGGCAGGUGCCCAAUCUAAACUCUGCCUCCUGAGCCCCCCCCAGCCCCUCCGACCCCCCUUUCUCUGGACCAUGCGCCCCCAGUCAGGCGGAGGGCUGGAAGGCUGGGAAGGCUGCCCCUGCGAGAUUGGGCUUUGUAGCUGCAGGCUCCCGAGGACGAGUGUGCGGAAUGGUGUCCCUCUCCUCCCCACAAUCACCCCUGCACCUUCCCCUCACCCCUGUAAGGGUAUGGACCCCAUAAGGGCUGGGAAUUUCUUCCUUUCCCACCCCUCCCCUUCUCUCUGGUCUUCUCCCAGGCUGGAUCUGGGUUAAGUGUCACUUUUUAGUGCCUAAAGCCCUAUUUUUUCUCUGUGCCUAAGAGCACAUUGUUUAUUAGCCAGGAUGGAGCAUUUUUGAUCCUGUUAAACCCCCUUUUUAAGUGGUUGUGAGCAGGUCGGGCCUGUGGCUCUAAUUCCUAAAUUUUGAGCUGUCAGUUUGAUUUCCAGGAUGAAUCAGGGUGUCCUAGGGACGUCCGGGGUUUGAGAGAGUGAGUGCCGCCCUAGCAUCGUGCGGGAUCCUGGGUUCACACGGAGCGGAGCGCAGUGUAAGUGGUGAGCGCCAAUAUCCAGGCGCUCACUUGGCUGCCAGCAUCAUGUACGCUCAGGGAGGAUCCAGCUUUGGUGAAGCGAGACAACCAAGACACAGUCUGCACAUGUUAGAAGACCUAGGCCUAGCUUUUCGGAGGGAAUGCAUUUGGCAAAGGUGCGAAAAGGCAGAGAGAAUCUCUGCCCCACAGAGGCCAUUCCAAAUCCUGUUACUCAGACUUGAGAGAGGGAGUUCUGGCAAAGGGGGUGCAAAACCUUCUCUGGUCUCAGGCCUCAGAGAUGUAUGAGAUCCCGAAAGAGGAGAAAGAAGACCUUAGGUUAGGAAACUGAGUCAUCCUAGGGCCAUUUUGGAGUUGGCUCGCUAGAGCCGCUGCGUUUGUCUGACCUCCUGGGGCCCUUCUGGCCACGGUUACCAUUUUUCCCUCACUAAUUGCUACCCCUCCACAUAAUGACCAGAGGAGUCCUGCCAGCCCCAGACAGAGCUCACAGAUCCUUAGUGGGGUAAGGAUUGUACCAGUUUGGCUAGGAAAACUCUUCUAGAUUGCUCGUUCUACUAGGGGACCUCUUGCAGUGAGGGGCUGAAGGAAAGGAAGACUUUAUCACUGCUUUAGCCCAAAAGAAGAGCAAGUCCUGUUCUUCUCUUGGUAUAGCCUGAGCAUCCCACUAUGACAUUAGAGACAAGUUGUUGACUUUUCAGUCUACCUGAGAACUGUUAUUACCCCAAGGGCAGGAUGAGAGACAGAUAUACACGCCCUAGGGAAAUAGGCUGAGAAGGCUCCAUGGAAUCAGCUAGGAUGGAUACCCCUCCUCUGGGAAAGGAGACAUGAGGGAUGGAGUUGAAUGUAAUCCUCGUGAAGGGUGCAUGGGCCCACAGGUCAGUGGGUCACUACUCAUUCUGUCCAGGACUUUGACUAAGAGACACCCUGGUGAGAGUCAGGGCUUAUGGGCCCUGGGGCCAAAGAGGGACAAACAGUGAAGGCUGCUAGAGAUUUUCGUGUUGCAGUAGCCAGAAGCCAAAAUUACACUCAAACUUUUGAAAGCCGAAGUGAUAAAUUCUCUAAUUUAUCCCAUAUGCAAUUAAAUAUUUAUUGAAACUGUUCAGUUGCUGACGGUCCCAUGGUGGGACCUUCUGGGUGACUUACAAAGGGUUCUCUGCUGGGAGUAAAGUGCUGGACCUGGACCUGGCUGCACAGAAUUGUGCUCUUGCUUUACCUCUUUGGCCAUUCCAGGGAGAAGUAGGUGACAGGGAGGGAAGGUACUUAGUGUGUCCAAGAAACUCAUGAUUUCUGGGGGAUUUGAACCUGGGAGGCAGUGUGUACACAUGGAGAAGGCCCCUUGGUUGGCCUCAUUCCUAAGAAUCGUGGAUCUCUUGUGGGUGCUCUCUGUUCUAAUAAUGCUAUAAAGUUUCAAACCAAGAAGAAACCCAACACCUCUGUUCACUCUCAAACAAAAGCUUUCCCCCCUGAUUCAAUAACUUUUCCAAGGAAACUCACCCUUGCAGAGAAGUCUGGGAGUAAAACUGAUAAAUAAUAUUGCAGCUCAAGCCCGGCAACUUGACUUGUGCCUGGGAGCAUUAAAACUACCACCCUUUAUGCUCUUUCUUCCAGACAGCGCUUUAUUUUUGUUCAUGUGAGAACUGGUCACGUGGGAAUCAUUCUUUGAGGAUUCCUGUGGUCCCAUUUGAGAGCUUGCACUCAAGAGAUUUUGCAGAGUCUCUAACCAGGCGGAGAAGAGCUGUGGGGUCUCUACUUCACUCCACCGUACUUGAAGGAAUUAACAGGAUUGGCCUUGGAGCACCUACUCAUGUCUCCAACUCCUCUCUCCCCCACUCACCUCCCUGGGACAAGAGCAGCAAGAUCAGCGACUUAAAGCUCUCCGUUAGAGCACAGGGCUGGGUUAGGAGACCUGGGCAUGAGUCCUGGCUCUGCUCAUGGACAAGCCACUUGCCCUCCCUGAACUGCAGUAUCCUCAUUUGUAACAGGAAGGGGGUUAGGCUAGACCAUCUCUAAGCUACAUUCUAGCGCGGGCGUUGUCUCGGAGUCUGGGUCAGAGACUGGCAGGAUAGAGCCUUCUCAAACUUGGAGGGUAAUCUAAGCAUUUAGAUGAGUAGCAGGGCAGCAGCAGGGUUCCCAGGAAAUCCAGGGUAGUUAAGUUUUCUUCUUUAUGGGCCAGCAGGACUAGGGAGGCCUAGUGUGGUAGAGAGAGGGAGAUCAACUUUGUUGUAUUCCCCAGUAUUAACGUGGGAAGGUGUUUCUUCCUUUGUUGGCCUAGUCUUAGUUUGGGAAGGGACAUUCUCUAAACUAGGAGGAAGAUGAUGGCAAGAAGGGCACCAUCUUGGAUGAAGUUCAUCUUUUGUCUCUAGGCAGUGAAGCCUUUCAUGUGUCCAUCCUUGCUCCUCACUAGAAGAAACACUGGAGAGAAGUCAUUCCUGGCCAUAGCACUUCUCUUCUGGCUCAGUCCAAACCCUAUUGGGGUUUGGAUUAAUUGUGAAGCUUUGUCUAAAAUCCUUGGGUUGCCUUAGAGCACUGACCCUAAGAACCUGGGAUAAUAGGAGUGGGGAGAGAGGGAUCAAGAAACCUCAGGAGGGAUGCUUGCUUGGCUAGAAGUGGCUUCUCUCCGUGUUCCUGUCCCUGAUCCAAGCUUGGACCAUGUCUAAAUCGUUUUCGGGCAGCAUUUCUAGGGUGUAAUUUUGGAGAAAGGAUUAAGGGAAGAAUCUUUCUGGACUGUUUGUGGUCUCAGAAGGAUGCUUUCUGUAGCCAUACUAUGCUGCUGCUUUAGCUCUGCAGGGCAGCCAAAGCCAGUCCUUCCUCCCUAGGGCCCCCGGGUGGCAGGGCUGUGAUCUCCCUCCCCACACCCCCGGACCCCACCUGCCCACUCCAGUAGCAAACUUGAGAACCUGUCUUCCUGACUCUCCUCCCCCACCCCUUGUCUCUAGGCUGUGGGACAAUCAUCCCAUCCACCACUUGACAUCCUUAUCCUCACCCCCCAACCUCCAGCAGGCUGGCCCCACUUCCUCCACCUCUAUGUUUUCUUCCAGAAGAUGCGUUUUGGGUCCGAGUGGAGCGUUUUUCUGGAAGGCCGUCUCUUAACGCCCCUGCUUCCCUAAUGUGGAAUGGGAAUUUGCACAAGGUGUAGAGAGCGCCCCUUCCCACCUCUCGGCCCAGCCUUGUUACCUCACUCCUGCUCCAGCCAUGGCUGUGACGGGCCCAGCCAGCUCCCUGUCUUGGUGGUCUGUGCGACAGCUCAGGGGUCUUGGGCAUUGUUUUCUGUUGUGACCUGAGGUCCUCAGCAGGCCUGGGAGCCUGGAUUGGAGCCUUGGCUGCUGGCGAGAAGCAUCUUGCCUGCCAAGAGGAGCUGAUGCCAGACGAUCUACCCGACAUGUGAAAGCGAAAAGCAUACUGUCAUCUCUGCCCCUUGGUCCCCUUGCUUCUCUCAACACAGUGAGACACUGCAGAAGCAAAAUGGUGGCCUCUGCUCCAGGCAAGACAGCUGGCUCUGUCUGGGGAGUUGGCCCUGGGCUUGGGUGCCAUGUGCUGAGAAGGCGUAACAAAAGCAACCAUUUUUUGCCAAUAGUAGUGUGGCUCCCCACAUUUCCCUAUCCUGCACUCUAGGGCCAGACCACUCUCUGCAUGGACCAGAUCAUCUUCCCAAACCCAUGGUGCUUUUCCCCCCCACACUCAACCUAGACUCCAAGGUGGGGAGAGAUGGGUCAGAGGCCCUAGUGGCCCCUGGGUAAUCCUAACAAGGGGUGGAGUGGGGCAAGGCAGAGGGAGCAGCCCCCAACACCUGCACUGGGCCAUAUAUGGGAAAGAACACAGGUUGAUUGCAGUCGAGUUGUCUGGCCACGUGUAUUUGGAUCUAUAACUGUACUUUGCCUGGCGCUGUGCGCAAGGUCUGAAAACUUAACUGCUAUUACCUAGAACCAUAAACGGCUUCCCAGCCAAAUCUUAAUGUAAAGUAGCUAGAGCCAUGGAAGUACAGUAUGAAUUAAAAGAAAAAAGUAUUGAA